GAAAGUGUUUAACUGCUGCCACUGGUUUCUGGACAGCUCCACACACACACUCCCAGCGAUCACCUACUCAGCUCAACUCAACAUGCAGGAGCAAAGCCACAUCUGCAGAAUGACAUUCGCCACAUGGUGCCUGGUCACAUUGCUGAUCCUCCAGCAGGUGUCUGCUGGUCCAGUGCUACAACCAAACAACCCAGCUGGGUCUGUUCAGAGUGCCCCAAAGCGUGUAGCCCGUAUGACGCCUUUAUGGAGAAUCAUGGGUACCAAACCAUUUGGAGCGUACUGCCAGAACAACUAUGAGUGUUCAACAGGAACCUGCAGGAAAGGUCACUGCUCAUACAACCACUCUGUUUCGUCUUAGAAGUGUUGAAUCUCUUGAAUCAUCUCAAUGUUUGAACAGUUUCUUCCUUAAAAAGACAAAGGAUGCAGUUCAAACGAUUGUUUAAUGAAAUGAAAUGUAAUGAGAUGAUUCAUAUGCUGCCAGAAAUAUGACAGUAGAUUGAUUCCAACUAGUGAUAUGACUACACAAUGCACAAGAAAGAAAGCUGGGUUUUGCACAGUUAGUGAUCAACUUAUAUUCUCAACCAUAUUCAUAGCGGACAGGUUAUAGCUAUCAAACAUGUAUCCUGUUCAUAUAAGAUAAGUACUGUACCAAAUAAGUGCCUGUGUUUUUUUGACAUACACUAAUAACCUUGUGAAAAAUGAUCAACAUGCACAAUUUGAAGAAUGACACUGUAAAGGUAUUUUUGUGUAAAACACUUUUUUUUAAAGAAAGUAUUGGGUUUCAUCAGACUUAGUGGGUCUGUUUGCAUGUUGGACUUGCAGCAAAAUGUGAGAACGUACCGUACAAAGAACAGAGUUCAAACCUAAAUGUCAGUGAACCAGAGUUCUGGUGACUGAUGAGAAUUGAAAAAUGUAGUGUAUGAGAAAAGGAACAAAGAAGGUUUGCAAGGGCUAUGUGAAUUGGAGUAUUAAAAUAUUUGCACAUCUUUUUAUUUUGGAGCUACCAGUUUUUGUAACUUUAUUUUUUUAUAUCCAUGGUUUUAAACAACGCCCUCAUUGUUUCAUGAGGAAAGCUUAUAUUUGAUAUAUCCUUACCAUUAUGUUUAUUAUACUGUGACCCCCCCCAUCCCAAUCAUUCUGCACACAAUAAUGUGAUACCGGAUUGCAUCCAUAAUUUCAGGUAAAAAAGAAUAUAAACCAUUUCUGUUACUUGUUAACAGUCUUACAGUGAUGUACCCAUGUAUUACAAUGUUUGUUUUAUUUUAUUAUUGUUAUUAUAUUACCUUUAGAAAAUGUACAUGUUUUAUCACAUUUUCUGAAGCCUUAUUUGUAUGAUUGUCCUUUCAGUACUGUAAACCUGAAUAAUGCAUGUAGCAUCUAUCACGAAUAUGUAAACCUCAAUAAAACAUUCUGAACCUUAGAAAA